AAGUAGUAUAAGUUAAGCAACAUCUGUGAUUAUAUAUUAUGAAAAUUCUUGUAGAAUUUAACUAACACAACUAUUAAAAUGUAUAAAACAAAGUACAGUUUGUUUAUAAUUAAUGGAUUACUUUGGAAUACAGUUUUCUGUUUUAAUUUUGAAGACCGAGAUCCUUUAGUUAAGAAAGCUCCAGAAGAUCAACAACAAUCUUAUUUUGGCUUCAGUGUGGCACAACAUAGCACAGAAUCCCUGACUAGUAAAGGAAAAUCAAAUGGUUUUUGGAUGUUAGUAGGUGCUCCUCUAGGAAACAAUAUUCAACCUGGUACAAAUCAUUCUGGAGCUUUGUUCAAAUGUCCCAUUUCCAAUAGGGAUGAUGACUGUGUCCAAAUAGAAACUGAUGGAAAAAGAGAGGAUUUUGAUUAUACUGAUGAAGCAGUCGACGAUACUGAAUUAAAACCUCCAGGAAAUGAUGAAAUUAAAGAUGGUCAGUGGUUGGGAGUUACUGUAAGAUCACAAAAACCAGGAGGAGUAGUGUUGGUGUGUGCACAUAGAUAUAUUAAAAGUGAAAAUCUACAAAAAUUUCACUAUGGGCAAGGUUUAUGUUACUUACUGGACAGAAACUUAGGUGUUACUGAAACCUUGUUACUGUGUAAGGGGAGAAGAAUGGAAAAUCUUCACCAACAGUUUGGGUUUUGUCAAGUGGGAACCAGUGCUUCUUUUGUUGGUGAUGAAUUUGCUUUAAUGGGUGCACCAGGACCAUAUACUUGGAGAGGUACAUUCUUUGGACAGAAUGUUGUUGGAGAUUAUUUGACUAUGGAUAAAACUAUUUAUCAUUCUCCUUUUGGAGAUAUUGACAUUAUUGAAAAAUACAGUUAUUUGGGCAUGAGUGUUGGAGGAGGACAUUUCUUCAACAAAUCUGAAUACACAUACAUGGCUGGGGCACCUAGGUCAAAGAUGGUUGGCCAGGUUUACCUCUUUAAAAAGUAUGACACCUUUGAAGAAUUAAAUAUUUCCCUAAUUUUAACUGGUGAACAGUUUGCCGCUAGUUUUGGAUAUGAAUUACUUGCUACAGAUGUCAAUAAUGAUGGUUAUGAUGAUUUGUUGGUAGGAGCUCCAUUCUACUAUAAUAGUGACAAAAAUGGAGGGGCAGUGUAUAUUUAUUACAAUAUUAGAAAUUGUGUUCAAGAUAAGUGUCCUCAUGAUAACAGAUUAAUUGGAAAAGCAUACUCUCGUUUUGGAUUUGCUAUGACAUCUUUAGGGGAUAUAAAUAAAGAUGGUUAUAAUGAUGUUGCUAUAGGUGCCCCAUAUGAAGAUGAACAUGGAGCUGUUUACAUUUACUUAGGAUCACCUGAUGGUCUCAAUAGUGAACCAUCUCAAGUUAUAAGGAAGAAGCAAAUUACUACACUUGGUUAUUCUUUAAGUGGUGGUCUAGAUAUGGACAACAAUGGUUAUCCAGAUUUACUAGUUGGAGCUUUUGAAUCUGAUCGAGUAUUGUUGUUUAAGACAAGACCAAUCAUUGACAUCAAAAUUACAGUGGAAGGAAAUGAAUUAGUAAAUAUAAAUGCCUCUAAUAAAGGAUGCCAGAAGCUACCAAAUAAUAAUUACACAUGUUUUUCAUUUAAAACAUGCUUUUCUGUGGUUGGACAUAUAAAACAUGAUACUGAAUUUAAUGUUAUUUAUAACAUCAGUGAAGUAAAGAAAUUUGUUAAUAGAAUCUGGUUUGUAGACAAUGACCUACCUGAUAAACGUUCACCUGGAAGAACUAAAAUUGUGCCUGUUAAUGGAGCUUCCCAAUAUUGCCAGGAGGAAACUGUCAAUAUUAAGGAAGGAGUUCAAGAUAUACUCUCUCCUAUAAUGUUCAGAGUUAACUACACACUAGAGGAUAAUGCAUUCCAUACUCCCAUUUUAAAUACCACAUCUGUUAAAGUAAUAUAUGCCUCUUUCCAAAAGGAAUGUGGUUCAGACGAUGUUUGUGAAAGUAACUUAACGUUGAGAGCUGGCACUAAUCUCUCUAAAGAUGAAACUGGAGCUUAUGAAGUCAAUAUGGUAAAUGAAGAUUUUGUUCUUGAAGUAAAUGUAUCUAACACAGGUGAAUCAGCAUAUGAAGCCAAGUUGUUUGUUGUGCAUCCAAAAGCAUUGAGUUAUGUUGUAUUAAAGAGUGACAGAAACAUAUCUGACGGUAUAAAAUGUCUCUUUUCUAAUGAAACUUUAGUUAUUUGUAAUAUUGGCAACCCACUACAAAAAGAGACAAAAAUCAAUCUUAAACUCCGUUUUGAAAUAAAAGAUAGUAAAGAUCAGAAAUUAGAAAUAAAUAUGUUUGUAAAUUCAACAUCUACUGAAUUGUCCAAACACACAUCUGAGACUUUGGUAGCAAUUUUACAAAAAAUUGCUAAAUUCCAAAUGAGAGGUAAAGCUUCCUCAAAUUUGUUUUAUGGUGGAAAAGUUGUGGGAGAGUCAGCACUUAAAUAUUUAGAAGAGAUUGGUGCAAGAGUGAUACACAAAUACCAGAUUGAUAAUAAUGGUCAAUGGGAUUUAUCAAAUCUCAAGGUAUCUAUCCAAUGGCCGCUACAAGUAUCUCCAGGACCCGACAAUGCCAAUAGAGCCGGAAAAUGGUUGCUUUACCUCGAAAAUAGUCCAAAACUAUAUGGUGUGGACGGUUUUUGUACGGUUUUAGAUACAAUACCCAACGAACUACAUCUUAAUACAUCGACCGUGGUAGAAGACGAACCCGAAAAUUUAAGGCUGCGUGAUCCUUUCGAUGAUCUAACUACAGAAGCAGUAACCAUACAUUCCAGGAAGAAACGAAGUAUCAAUUACGUGGUUCCAUAUCAGACUACUGAAAGGGGAGGAAAGCGAAGGAAAAUAGUGGUUAUGGAUUGUUUUUCUGGCAGUGCCAAAUGUAUUGAAAUUUUAUGCACGAUUAGGAAGCUUAACAAGGGUAAUCAAGCUGAAAUAGACAUACAAUCCAGAAUAUGGAAUUCCACUUUGGUAGAAGAUUACAGCAACUUGGAUUGGGUGGUAAUAAAAUCAACUGCGAUCGUCCAAUUCGAAGACAAAGCAUUCAACAUAAGUUCCGAAUCGAUUUCGGAAUUUUCCGCAGAAACCAUUGCUUAUCCUUCGAUUGUUUCGGCCGAUACCGAACUCAACUGGCUGGUCAUAGGUGGCGCAGUAUUCGUUGGGUUGUUGCUACUUAUCCUACUUAUAUUUGUUUUAUACAAAUGCGGCUUCUUUAAACGAAAGCGAAUUAGCGAUGACCCCACGUUAUCUGGAAACCUGCAGAAAAAGGGCGAAGGGGAUCAUUUGCUUAAAGAAUUGCAUUAGAUUUAUUAGUUUUGAUCGUUUUCAUUCUGGUGCUCAUGUAUCAAAAUAAUUUUAAACAUGAAUCGAAAUAAUGAGAGUUUAAAACAAUAAUUUCAUAUAAAUCAUUAUAAAAAAAACAAACAUUUCUGGUCAUGGUGCAACGUAUAUGGAAAGUUUAACUUCCACACUUUUCAUAUUUUAUAGGAGACGACGUUAAUCAGUACAAAUAUUUAUAGGUUAUGAGAAUGUUUAGCGUUUUAUAAAUUCAAGUCAACACAUAGUUUGAAAAUGUUUUAUAUUAGAAAGAUGUCUUCAUCAGAAAAAUACAGUGCUUACCACUGAAUUAAACGGAAAUCUCUUACCCCUGAGCUAGCUCCUGUUUUGAAACAGAUGAAACUUAAUAGAAGCCGAGUCGGAGGAGUACAGCUAAUGAGUACAGCUAAUUAAAAACCCAUUUCAUCAAUUUUGGUCAUUCAUUAACAAAGUUGUGUACUCGUAUGUUAAUUGACAGAAAAGUUAAUAUUUUUUUAGUAUCUACUAAAAGAGAUCCCUUGUCUUUGAGUGUGUCAGUAAAUUGUUGCAUAGUUGACAUAAUAUUUGUCAUUCAUUGGUUUUCUUCCUUCGAUGUAGUCAACCAAGAAGUUUUUUGCAAAUCAUCAAGCACAGUUUCCUUGAAUUUUUCUACUGACAAGUCCAUUUUUUACUUCUUCGUUGGCGGAAAAUCUUUGUUUCAUCGGCAGCACCAAACAAGUCAAUACUGGUUUUAUUGAAGGUUAUGAAACGGUGCAAAAAGUCCUUUGGAUUGUGAUGAAAAUGUAAAAAAAGGUGGCUAAAUCGAUUCAGGUUUUCUUUAGAUGUUGUAACGCUAUAAACGACACUCGUUUGUGAUUUUUCUUCAAUGAUUAUUUUAUCCAAUUUCUUUUGAUUUUAUUAUUUGUUUAAUUCCCAUUUUGUUUGACUAUCUUUGUUCUAAAAAUCGUAUUGGCGCCCAACGUGGGGAGCUACUUAUGUGACAAUAAAACGACAUCUCAGUCCUGUCACUAUCAAAAUUCCAAUUAUACUAAAUAGUAUUAUACGAAAGAUUAUACUAAAUAUAAAGUUUUACAAUAAAAUAAAUAUAAAAAUAUACUUAAAGCUAAUACAGAGAUACUGUUACAUCUGCAGGAGAGCUGAUUGUAGCUUCACAUGAAAAUAAAUGUAAGCUGUAGUAGCAGAAGCAUUAAUAUUGGCUUUAAUGGUAGCAACAUUGAUAUUCGCCGUAGUGGUAGUAGCUAGGAUUGUAGCUUGCUAUAUCAAUUUAAGCAGUUGUUGUGGUCAACAUCACGUAUUAGGGAGCCCCACUGAAAAGAGGAACAAGAAAAAGCACAAUACAAACAAAAACCAUAGAAGAAGAUUGACUAGGUUCAUGAACUUUAAUUCUAUUUUAAAUACGUAAAAGAUAUACCCCUACUUCAAUUAAUUUGAGGUGAUAUGUGGCACUGGCGAGCAGAAUUACCAACACCCGAACAAUUUUGGUAGCUAGUUGGAACUAGCUAAAUUAGUACACGGGAGUAUAGAAAGAGUAUAUGGGGAUCUACAAAGACUAAAUGAGAAUAGAACUGAAAUAACUAAAAUAAUUAAACAAAAUAUUUAGUUAAAAGAAAAGUUGAGCGCCACCUAUGUUAAGAAUAAAAUUGGUAAAACGAAGGAACCAAAUCAAAACAAAUUGGAACAAAAUAAUUCCUUGGAGAAAAACAAACAUGUGACGUUUAUAACGUUACAAUAUAGGGAACCACGGCAACCAUUUUUUUGUAUCUAAUUAUUCAAUUAAAAUUCUAUAAGCACUCUAUUUGCAUUACCCGCUAUGUCUGUUUUCCCAUACUGUAAUAAUGUUUAAUAACGAUUGUUGUACAUCUUUAUUAAUUGCUAGUAUAAUAAUAAUUUAUUCUAAUUCCUUAAACUCUAUCUGUCAUGAGACCUUGUGCCACCACUUGUCAUUUGUCUGCCUGAUGCAAGUGAUAUCCAAUACAACACUGUGAAUAUGUAAUGUAUGAACAUAAUCAAAAAAUGAAAAUUCUUAUAUGAAACAUUUUUUAAACUAGUCUUAAACCAGUAGUUUUUAAGGAGUUCCUAAUCGUCUUUUAUAAAAUUAUAUUGACAGUGUGGUUAGCAUUUUGUGAUAUUGAGUUAAUAUACUGAGCACUUUUUAACAAUUUCAUAUUAAAUUUGACAUAUUAACAUUGCAAAUAAUGUGUCGUAUCAAGCAUCGAUUUAUAUUCAUUUUUUGAUCGCUUUGCAUUUGAAGGUAUUGAAAUGUAUGGGACUGUUCUCGAAAUCGGAGUGUUAGCUUUGAUUAAAUAUUUUUAGGUUAAUAGCAAAAUGCUUCAAAAACUCGAUAAAAAUUUUGACAAUCAACAAUUACAAGAGUAUAUAUAGAAAUCUCGUUUCCCUCUUAGUUUGUUUAUGUGUCCCAGUGUGCAUAUUGAUUAGCCCGCUUCCUAUUAUCUAUAUAGUGGUUACUACAUCAUUUUUGCUUGGGAAAUUGAUUUGAAAGUCUAGUUUAGAAUCGUAUUUGAUGCAUAAUAUCUAUCUUUGAAAGGAAAAUUGUUUGUAAUCUUUUACCACAUGAGUAUAGCAAGACAGAAAAGCUUGAAUCGCUGCAAAUAUUUUAUUGACUAUAAAAUAGUCUUGCCUUAGUUAUUUUUGUAUCGUGGAUCUUUAUUGUUUUCUACGCUUAAUGGUAUACAUUGCAUAAACCGGUUCGAAAAUCUUUUAUUAUACAGGUUUUGAUAGUAACACAGAAAGUGGGGGGAUCAAAAAAGGUGUCCGACAGGCUUAUAAUAGAGGACAUAAAAAAUAAACGGUGAGUUAACAAUCAUUAAGACAUGCUGAUGACACGGUGACCCUUGCCAGUAGCACAGAUGAAUUACAACAGGCAGCGGAAACGUUUAAUGCAGCCAUGGCUGUAUUUGGCGUGUGCCUUCAAGAAGGUAAAAUGAAUGCUGAUAAACAAAAAGUAACACUAUUUCUGUUGCUUUGAAAAUGUUAUUUGGCACUUUAUCUACAAAAUAAAUAUAGUUAUAAUAACUUGGUAAUUCAUAAACGAUUCUGGGGUACUUGGAAAUUAAGAGGGUAAAGAGAUUUGUUAAAUUUCUUUUACAUGCUAUAAAUACGAUUGAGCUUCAACCAGUUUGUUGGGUCUUUAUUAUUUUAAAACACUUAAAUUUAUAUUUUACCUGAAUUCAUAUGCAUGCUUUUAGUAAUAUACAAUUUUUGGUUAAGUCUCAAUAAGUUUAGUUGGUUAUACAUUAGAUAUUUCAGAAUAGUAGAAAUUUCUGUGUAUCUUUAGCAUCCACUGCCUUAUAGUAUAUUGUAAUACAAAUUAAGGUUGAGUUUACCGAAAGUACAAGCUGAAUAUAGCCGCAAAUGUCAAAAAUAUUUCGGUUUGGCAGUGUUGGCAUGUUUUUAUAAUGCAUAUGUUGCAUGCUUUAAAUAUAAAGGGAUAAAGCUUUUAAGAAGUACAUUUUGAUUAUACUAUUUUAUGGAUUCUGCAAUUUUUAAUUUAUGUGAAACAAUAACGAGUAGAUAUUUGUCUCUUUAGAGAUUAAUUGCAACCAUCUGUUGCAAUCUGGCAACUGCUGAUUUAACGAUUGCCAAAUCUAUCCCCUUAGCUAUCAAAGGGUAAUUGCCAAAAAAAUUUCAAAUAAUUAACUGCAAUUAAUCUCCAAAGAAACAAAUGUUUAGUAAUUGUUGUUUUAUAUAAAUAAAAAAUUACAGAAUUCAUAACAUAAUAUAUAAGCUUGUUUUUUUAUAUUUAAAGCAUACAGCAUCUACAUUAUAAAAACAUGCCAACACUGCGAUACCGAAAUUUUUUGUUCCAUGUUUGACAUUUGCGGCUAUAAUCAGCUUGUACUUUCGGUAAACUCAACCCAAAUUAAAGAUAGUGCUCCAAUCAGAACAAUAGUAUGUAUUAUGUAGUUUUUUUGCAUUUCCUAUUUCUUGUUAAAACAAAAUGUUAUAGAGUUAUUUGAUUUUCCUAAUGUUUAUAAUCUUUACUAAUAUUAAAACAUCUAUGCGUCUAUUACUAAUAAGAACAAAAAAAUUAUUGAAAUCAAAACUAAAAACUUUAAACACUUUUCUUAAUGUCUUCUCCAUCCGAAUUUUAGUCACAAGUAUGGAGCGAUCCAUUUAAAAAGCGUCAUUUUACAUUUUAUCUAUAACACUGUGACAAUCGAGUGACAUGACAAAGUAGCUACGGCGUUACACUGUCUUAUUAUUAAAAAUGUGUUACUACAUGCAUAUUCCGUUAUGUAAAAUUGGAGCACUAGAUCUUAAUCAUUCUAAUCAUUGGACUAAUAUAAUUUUUGUGAAAUUUACCAGAUACAACGAAAAAGGACUGAUUUAAAAAUACCAAAUUUAUUCAGAAGCAUUUCUACUAGAAUUAAAACUCGUAAAACGUUUUUCAUCGACUUAAAAAUGUAAAAUUAACGAUAGUCAAAUGAGGGGUGCAAGAGUAAAACUCGAAACAUUUUAAUUUUUAUAUAUAAAUAUAUUCAAAUUAAG